AUGGCUGGUUCAAUCGCCGACAACUACGCUGCAGUAUACAAAAAGUUUCGAUACGUCGCGCCCGAAUCUCCGAGCAAUCUCAUCGAUCAAACUGGAUUCAACAUUGACUUUCAGAAUCGUAAAUUUAUCAACAUUGGCUUGGACCCGGCAAACGAUUUCAACGUUUAUAUUCAUAUUAUAACGCCAUCACGCUACGUUAGUAUUUCUCCAGAUUUUUUAAAACGGAUUUAUUCCUUGAUGGGACACAUUUUAUCAUUCGUAUUAUCAUCAACGAAUAACAAACAACAAACAUUUUUGGAGACAGACUCUAUGCUACUCACUAGUAUGUUAUAUCGAGGUGAGAGUGUCCUAGUCAUAGAAGAUAAAUCUAUAGCCGGGUGUCGUAUUCUUCUGAAUCGAGUGGAUAUUAUGGCUUUGCAAUAUUUGGAAUGGGUCAUUUCCGAAACAAUUUUGAAGAAAACACUAUUUGUUCAGAAUAAGGUUGUUGCUCAGUUUGAACAAAUGUGUACAUACUUUAAAAAUGAGUUUAAAAGAGAACAAAACAUUCAUAAUAUGAUUACAACAAUAAAAAAUGUAAGCGAUGAUUUGAUUUCAAGCCAUUUACCGAAGAGUGAUUACAGUUUUGUCAAUCAGAUAAAACUUUUUGCAACAAAGCAGAUAGCAGAGCGCUGUAUUAUUAAGAUUGAGGAACAUGUCGAAACACAGAUUAUGACAUUAUCUCCGCCACCGUCACCCGAUUACGUAUUCAGUGAUGCCGAAGAAAUCGAUGGGUCUUUUAUGUCGCGUAUGAAAUCAACCAAGCCAAAGGUAUAUUGCGAUGAAAACGAUGGUCCCAUAUCACUAAAUCGUACGAGUAGAUUUUCACCAAUCAGCUACGAUGUUACAGGUCGA